AUGUUUGCUGCUCGUCGAGCUUUUGGCCUUGUCCAGCGCCGUGCUUUCUCGGCGACUGCCCAGCAGAACUCCAAGGUCACCGUUCUUGGUGCCGCCGGUGGCAUUGGCCAGCCCUUGUCUCUUUUGAUGAAGCUCAACCCUCGUGUUAGCCAGCUUGCUCUUUAUGACAUUCGCGGUGGACCAGCCUAUUGCUCCCAUCUAGGUGUCGCUGCCGACCUGAGCCACAUCAACACCAACAGCACCGUCACUGGCUACGAUCCCACUCCUUCUGGCCUUCGUGAUGCUUUGACCGAUGCUGAGAUCGUUUUGAUCCCUGCCGGUGUUCCCCGCAAGCCUGGCAUGACCCGUGAUGAUCUCUUCACCACCAAUGCCUCGAUCGUUCGUGAUUUGGCCAAGGCUACUGCGGAGGCCGCCCCCAAUGCCAACGUUCUUGUCAUCUCCAACCCGGUCAACUCCACCGUCCCAAUCGUUGCCGAGGUUUUCAAAUCCAAGAACGUCUACAACCCCAAGCGUCUGUUCGGUGUCACCACUCUCGACGUUGUUCGUUCUUCCCGCUUCAUCUCCGAGAUCAAGAAAACCGACCCCGUCAAUGAGGAGGUUCCCGUCGUCGGUGGACAUUCCGGUGUGACCAUUGUCCCCUUGAUCUCUCAAUCCAACCACCCCGAUAUCUCCGGUGACGCCCUCAAGGCGCUCGUCAACCGCAUCCAAUUCGGUGGUGAUGAGGUCGUCAAGGCUAAGGCCGGCGCUGGAUCUGCUACUCUCUCCAUGGCUAUGGCCGGUGCUCGUUUCGCUGAGAGCUUGCUCAAGGCUUCCCAGGGCGUCAAGGACGUCAUUGAGCCAACUUUCGUUGAGAGCCCUCUUUACAAAUCUGAGGGCAUUGAUUUCUUCGCCUCCCGUGUCAGACUCGGACCCAACGGUGUUGAGGAGAUUUUCCCAGUUGGCAAGAUCUCUGAAUAUGAACAGAGCCUGCUCGACGCCUGCAUGGUUGACCUCAAGAAGAACAUUGCCAAGGGUAUCGACUUCGUCAAGAGCAACCCCUAA